AUGAAUCUCAUAUAUGUCUGGUUAUUAGUCUCAUAUAAAAUCAUCUUUAUAGUAAAAGGAGAAAUUCUAAAGGAUGUUGAUCUUCUAAGUACAUCAGAAAAAGAUAUAAAUCAUUCAAAAUUAAAUCUUGAAACGAUACCAUGUUAUAGGAAGAUUAAAAGAAGAUCAUUUUGGGGUAUGGGUUGUAAAGGUCAUAAUGUAGUCACCGGUAUUGGAAAUCCUCAACCCAAAAAAAAAACUUCAACUUCAAGUAGUACCAAUAAGAAUGAUAAAGUUCAAGAAACUAGGGGACCUAUCCCGGUAUCUUCUCAGCAAUUUGAUCAAGUUCAACCUCCUACAAGAUUUGAAGAAGACGUUUCACAUACCUUCUUUCAGGCGGAACAGGGACCAAGAACACGAACUAGAAAUAGACCACCAAGACCACCGAGACCAUCAAAACCGAAGUCUUCUACAAAUCAACCCGAAGGUACCACAACAAUUGAUAGUAAACCACAUAAGCUGAGCGAAACGGAAGUUCAAAAAGAAAGCUCCAAGGAACCGGAUCAUGAAGAGAUCUUACCAAUUCCUGAGCCGCCAUCGCCAUCGCCAUGGGUUAUUCGCUUGAAAAAGUACCAAACUACUGCGGCAGAGUUCAUGCAAGAGCUCAAAAAAAGCUUUCGAGCUAUUGUACUGGAUCAUGGUGAUCCUGAAAUGGAUCGUAUGCGAGAUAAGAUUACAUCCUUCUUUGAAAGAUUCUGGAUAUGGGUCAAGUCAAUACCUAAAACAUAUAGAUCUAUCUUUCAUCAAUCGAAUCCUUUGGCUAAUCUCGAAUCCUUUGAAUUUCCGGACCUAAUCACCAAACUUUCUUCUAAUCUCACUUAUGAUAAUAUUCUACAAGUAGCUAUCUUUCGACGUGAAUCUGAAGUACUCUCCCCAGAAAAAAUUCAAAAAGAUAUAGAUUCAUACUUGAACUUACAAAAACUUUUUUCAGUAGGACGCACCAAUGAACUCCUUAGGCAAAGGGUGAUCGAGUACUUAAGUGACUCAAAUGCUGGACACGUUAAACGCCGCCUCGAAUAUGAUCCAGAACUUUUAGGAUUAACUGUACCAGAACUAAGUAGAGCGUUAUUAAUUCAAACUUUAGCGAUGACUAUUAAAGAUCCCAAUGAAACUGAAAAAGAUAGAUUAGAUUCCACUUUACUUUUAAAAUUUAUUGAUAGUCUUGGAAAGAGUCCAUAUGCAAGAUUCAAGAUUGAGAAAAUUAACCAAAAUUUAAUUGAUGAUCCAUUUAAGGAAAAAUUUGAAGCGGUUACUCCUGAUUUAUCUUAUUUGAAUUGGAAACUUGGAGAAAAGCAAAGAAUUCGUUCAAGUCUUGAUCAGAGGGAAAGUAUGGAUCUGGGAAUCGGAUCUGUUAGGUUUAAUGGAAUACAUCAAGUUGAUCAUCUUGGUUCUUCAUCUAGACGUCAUCAAUGA